ACCGUUGACGUGCGCAUGCGCUAGGUGUGAAGAGGAAGGAAACACCAUGUCGAUAGAAGACCCGUUUUUCGUUGUGAAAGGGGAGGUGCAGAAGGCUCUCUCUCGAGCUCGGGGCCUGUUUGAUAGAUGGGAGGAGCUGCUGCAGGAUGGGACACAGGUGAGUCGAGAUGAGCUGGACUGGAGUGCCAAUGAACUGAGAAACUGUCUGAGGGCCAUCGACUGGGACCUGGAGGACCUCAGUGAAACCAUCAGCAUCGUGGAGUCAAAUCCAGGGAAGUUCAGACUGGGUGACAACGAACUUCAGGAGAGGAAAGAUUUUGUGGAGCGAACCAGGAAAUCUGUCCAGGAGAUGAAGGAUCAGUUGUCCAGCCCUUCCGCUGUGGCUCAGGCAGAGAAGAAGAACAGACAGGCUCUGCUGACUUCAACAGGCCAGGACAGGUCAACAGGACUGGAGGCUCAUCUGGUGUCUGCAAACUCAAGAUACAUCCAGGAGCAGCAGGAGCAACAGCAGUUGAUCAUGCAGGAGCAGGACGAGCAGCUGGAGUUGGUGUCGGGCAGUAUCAGAGUCCUCAAAGACAUGUCUGGACGGAUCGGAGACGAGCUCGAUGAGCAGGCUGUGAUGUUGGGGGACUUUGGAGACGAGAUGGACCAGACAUCAUCCCGCAUGGACUCGGUCCUGAAGAAGCUGGAGAAAGUGUCUCACAUGACCAGCAUUUGGUCAGUGUGGGCAGCGAGCAGUGCAGUUGCCAUUCAACAGAUUUGGCUGAGAGUCUCGAGACCCUGACCUCUGAGUGUUGCCUGUGUGCCAGUGGCAGACCUUGGUGAUAUUCUCUGUGGCUCCUGAAUUUAGCAAGGAAACAAAGCACUGUUGUACAUUACAUUCAUCCAUAUUUCGAGACCAAGGGAGCAUCUCUCAUUAAUUUCAACUCAUCUGUUCUAAGUAGUGUAUCAUACUAAACUCUGACAGAUACAGCUUGUGUCAAGGAGCGUGACAGCAGACAUUAAAAAAUAAAUAAAUAAAAAAUCACUGAAAGACUGAAGCAUGCAUUUUUCCUGUGUGGCCCUCAAUCAUGUGCCGGGUCCUUGAAUUGGCUUUCAGUCAUAAAACGUGGCCCAAUCAGAAGCAGAGCUCGUUGGAAAAAGAAAACAACCCUGACAAUAAACGGAGUUUCUUCCAAAUAAACAAACUGUUGUCUUUAAGAAGUACUUGGAAUGUGCUGUGUACAGUUUUACCAAACAGAUGCAUGUUGAACACUAUAAAUGAGCCGCACCCUGGUCACAUGACUAUAGCGUCACCACCAGCACUCCUGUGUUCAGUGAACUGUUUAGAGUGUACCCUGCCUCUCACCCAGUGGCAGCUGGGAUAAGCUCCAGCACAUGCUGUGGGCCUGAAUUGGAUCAUGAUGAUGGGUAAAGGUUGUAGACAAGGGUCCAGACAACUUAGACAUUUCAGAAGAGUGAAUGUAAUGUGAAAAAUAUGCAGCUCAUUGUAUGGGUUUAAAUUCAACUUCAAAGUUUAACAUUUGUAUCCCAGUAGAAUUACAAAAACGCCUCCAAAAUGACUGCGUCAUACAUAGAAGUUAAAUCCCCCCGCCUGUGCACACAGUUUCUCCUGUCUUCAAACAUGCAAACAAUUCUUUUUGUCAUGAUGGAAGUUUUUUUUUAACUAAAUAAUCUC